AUGGCACAUCUUGGCCUGGACGAUCUGGUGGAGACUCUCAAGGAGGAGAACGAUGAUGAAGAAGACUAUUUGUGGGGUCUGAUCAAGGCGGCUAGACAAGGCCACCUCAGCACGGUUCAGAUGCUCAAGCCAGGGAAAGGAUUCAGCGUUCAUGAUCCUACGCUAGAGAGGCUGGUGGCCGCCGCAUUGUCGUCAGGAAACGCCGAGGUGGUACAGGAGAUCAUGGAAUUAAUGCCAAGGGGAACUCCUAGUCCGGGCCCGACGCCUAGCUGGCGCUCGAAGUCGCUUCUCAAGGCAUGCUGGCUUGGUAAUGAGGAGCUGGUCGGCAUCCUCCUCAACCUGGGUGCAGACCUACACGCCACCAUGAAACCCAAAGAGCACUUCCCAGGAUCCCUCGGGAUUUUCGAGCUGGUAGUACAAAAGAAGGCAACGAGUGUCAUCAAGUGGCUGCUGCUGAGCGGGCUAAGCACGGCUAGAGACGUCGACAUUAUGAGCAAUCCAGACACGCCGCCGGCCAUGGCGAUCGCAGCGGUUAAGGGGAACAUCAGGGCACUCAAGGUCCUCUUGGAGUGUAGAGACGACAUAAAUGAGAGCCAGGGCCGCGGAACCACCACUAACGCUUUUUACGAGGCGGCCAGGAUCGGGCGGCCGGACAUAGUCCGCCUGCUGCUACAGUCGGCCGACGAGCAAGAGCCGCGCAAGGUCGAUGUGCACUUCCUGACUUCGGAGCACAUGCUUUGGAUCGCCAAGACCCUUAUCGAACUUGACGUUGAAGGGGAUGGGAGGGGCUUGGGAGGGCUGACGCCGCUCCUCUACAGCGCUUACUGGGGCACACCUGCUAUCGCGAAGAUGCUGGAGGACGAUGGGGCCAACCUGACUGUGUCGGACCCUGGGGAGAGAAUGUGGACUCUGCUGCAUGCCGAGUAUGACCAGCCUAAGGUCGUUCGCAUCCUCCUCGACGCGGGCGUGGACCCGACCGUGAGGCACGAGGCCAAUACCACACCGCUCUCGAUGGCGGCAGAGACUGGGCAGGUUGAAUGUCUGCGCAUGAUGCUAAGCAGCAGCAGAAAACAGGAGGAGAGCCGCUCAGCCGUGGUUGGUGCUCUGUGGGCCUCUGUAUAA